AUAUAUAUAUAUAUAUAUAUAUAUAUAUAUAUAUAUAUAUAUAUACACACACACACACACACACACACACACACACACACACACACACACACACACACACACACACACACACAUAUAUAUAUGCUCUGAGCCACUCCCCGACGAGCGCGCAAGGAAACAGAAGCAGCAGCGCAAAAGUCGAAACCUUGCUUGAUAAAUUACGGAUAAAGAUAGCUUUUUCAUCCGUCUGACCGACCCGCAGGCACAGCAGUCAGUGACGGCGCGUCGAAGCAGCGGUAAAUGUCGUAGAGCUAAACCUGGCAGAAACAAAAAAGGCUGCCGAAACAAAAACCAGAGUUCGCUUGUGAAAACAGCGUAUCCUUAAAAAAAAAAAAAAAAAGAACCCUACACAUCCUUGCUUUUCUUGGCUCGUCAUCGUCGUGCUCAGGGCGAAUUGAAACCCAGAAAUCAGCGGCAUGAAUGGUACGGCAUUGCUGGUCGACAAAGCGGACGGAAAGCUUCGCACGACCAACAGUUGAAACCGCGCAGAAAAAGACGCGCGCCGGGCAUGCCGUUAAUGCCGCCGCGUCGUCCAUCCAAUCAGAAGCUACUACAGCUGACGGCGCGCCCCACAAUUCCCUGCGAUUGCUCGUUUUGGCGCUCAGUUAGUUCCUAUAUGCUCCUUAUGCUAGGGUCAUACGUGUGCGGCCGUCCGUCGCGCUCCUACGAGUACGCGCACUUCCCGAGCUCCGCGGUUCCCGCUAGCUUACGAACUUUGACGUCCGGCAGUAGUACCUUUCGAGAUGGCGGGGGUAGUGUGUUUAGCCAUCUUGGAAACAGGCGAGCGUAAAAAGCUCGUGCUGCCGACAGGAACCCAUGCAGAACUUCUGGCGGCUUUGGCGCCAUUUGUGCCCGUCAACGAGAACACACUGCUCCAGGUCCACGACGACGAUCUGGAUGACUUCAUUGACCUGGAGGCAGAUGCCAUAAUUCCCACCAAGGCGAAGAUAAAGGUGGCAAGAAAAACAGUGCCUCAUACAGAUGAAAGCAUGAUUGCUGUGCAGUGCACGAGCCCGGACACCAGCUUCUCAAAUGCGUCCGACAAUGCUAGCCCCACUAAUGAGCUUCUUGGUCUCAGGUAA